AUGACAGCAAUUCACCAAGAGCAGCAAAGAUGGCGCAAAAACUUUGAUAAUUACGCCAGCUUAAAUAUUGAUGGCGUAAAAUACCUUGGUAGAGCUGCAUUCAUAGACGCUAUUGCACCACGUUCGGGUAAAGGACACGCUAGAAUAUCGAGAGAUCAAUAUGGCGUUUUCUUUGACGUCGCUGAUAAAUCCAAUAAAGGCAUUGUAUCCGUAGAAGACUUUAUUACCUUUGAGAACCUCCUUAAGCAGCCUGACGCACCCUUCCAAGUCGCUUUCCAGUAUUUUGAUAAGCGUAAUAAAGGCAGCGUAUCUUUUAACGACUUUAAAAACGUAUUCAGUCAAUACCUUGGUAACCAAGCUAUUCCAUUCGAUUUCAACUGUGAUUGGUUAAAGUUAUACCUCGGAAAAACGUCUGAUACGAACGAGCACGUUCUAGCCUACCAUGAAUUUACACAAAUGAUGAAAGGUCUUCAAGGUGAGAGGAUCAGACAGGCAUUUCAUUAUUUUGAUAAGGACAAUGACGGAUGGAUCAGACCGGAGGAUUUCCAGAAAAUUAUCUUAGAAGUAGCUUCUCACAAGUUAUCUGGUCCUGUAUUGGACCGAUUGCCUUCCCUCUGUCACAUUACAGCGGACCAGCGCAUCUCGUAUGCCGAUGUUAGAGCUUUUUACAACGUACUCCAUGAUAUGGAUGCAGUGGAACAUGUCGUGGAUGUCGCAACUGCUCAAUCUCCAGAUGGUAGAAUAUCUCCCUCAGACUUUUUAGCAACGGCCCAACGUAACACUCGUUAUGGUAGCUUUUCACCUAUGGAAGUUGCCUUCGCAUGGCAUUUGGCAUCUCCAGGUGCAGUUGGUAGAGCUGGUACACCAGAACCCGACGUAAGACUUUCAAAGGCAGACUUUGACGCACUUUUCGAUCCUAAUUGGACUCCAAUUGAGGCACUCGCGCCUUCACAGCCACCAAAAUCAGCUUUACAUGAGACCCUUAUGGGUAUUUACAAUUUUGCACUGGGUGGUUUAGCAGGUGCAACAGGUGCAACAGUCGUUUAUCCAAUUGAUUUAGUCAAGACUAGAAUGCAGAACCAGAGAUCUGCAGUUGUAGGUGAAAUGAUGUAUACAAAUAGCAUCGAUUGUGUAAAGAAAGUAAUGAGGAAUGAAGGUUUUAAAGGUUUUUACAGAGGUUUACUUCCUCAAUUAGUUGGUGUCGCACCAGAGAAAGCUAUAAAAUUGACAGUUAAUGAUGCUGUUCGUCAUCUAGCGCAAAACACAGAAACAGGUCAAAUUAGCUUGCCAUGGGAAAUCAUUGCUGGUGGUGCCGCUGGUGGUUCUCAAGUCGUAUUCACAAACCCAUUAGAGAUCGUUAAGAUUAGAUUACAAAUACAAGGUGAAGCUGCAAAGCUUGGUGAAGCUCAACCUAGAGGUGCUUUCCAUAUCAUCCGUCAACUUGGACUGCUUGGUCUAUAUAAGGGAGCUACAGCAUGUUUGCUCAGAGAUGUACCAUUUUCGAUGGUUUACUUCACUUCAUAUGCGCAUCUCAAAAAGGAUUUCUUCAAGGAAGGCUUACAUGGUAAGAAACUUGGCUUUGGUGAAACACUCUUGUCUGCAGCGGUUGCAGGUAUGCCAGCAGCAUACUUAACGACUCCUGCAGAUGUUAUCAAAACUCGUCUUCAAGCUGAAGCAAGACAAGGCCAAACUAACUACAGAAAUGUUGGGCACGCUUUCACUAGUAUCCUAAAAGAAGAAGGUGCAAAGGCCUUAUUCAAGGGUGGACCCGCCAGAGUUCUUAGAAGUAGUCCACAGUUCGGCGUUACCCUUGUUGCCUACGAGUGGUUACAUAAGUUGUUACCAUACCCAUUCCGAAACACCGAGAGCCCUUCUGUAGGUGCGCUGCUGCCACAACGGGAAGAAGACAUUACUAGAGUUAGAGCACGCAACGCUCUCAAGCUCCUCCUUGAUACUCACUGCGAUUUCGGCCGUGUGAGAGUUCAUUGA